GCGCAGUUCCGGUUAGGCCGCCGAGUUUGUUUACGCUGCUCUCAGAUCUAGCGGCUGCCUUCCCCAGCUCAGGCUCCAAAAUGGGAAAAUCCUUCGCCAAUUUCAUGUGCAAGAAGGACUUUCAUCCUGCCUCCAAAUCCAACAUCAAGAAAGUAUGGAUGGCAGAACAGAAAAUAUCAUAUGAUAAGAAGAAACAAGAAGAAUUAAUGCAACAAUAUCUUAAAGAACAAGAAUCAUAUGAUAAUAGAUUGCUUAUGGGAGAUGAACGUGUAAAGAAUGGCCUUAAUUUCAUGUAUGAGGCUCCACCAGGGGCUAAAAAAGAAAACAAAGAGAAAGAAGAAACUGAAGGAGAGACUGAAUACAAAUUUGAAUGGCAAAAAGGGGCCCCACGAGAAAAAUAUGCCAAAGAUGACAUGAACAUCAGAGAUCAGCCCUUUGGUAUUCAGGUUCGAAAUGUGAGGUGCAUUAAAUGUCACAAAUGGGGUCAUGUCAAUACAGAUCGAGAAUGUCCUUUGUUUGGUCUUUCUGGAAUUAAUGCAAGUUCAGUUCCCACUGAUGGCUCAGGAUCUGGGAGAAGAGCAUUUGGUAUCUCAGGCAAAAGGAACAAGCUCCCACACAGAAGGAACUGUAAGUUCAGACUCUGGAGGUGUGGAGGACCAUCGAUGCACCCCUCAGAGCUAAUAGCGGAGAUGAGAAAUAGUGGGUUUGCAUUGAAACGAAACGUACUGGGGAGAAACUUGACCGCAAAUGAUCCAUCACAGGAAUAUGUUGCAAGUGAGGGUGAAGAAGAUCCAGAAGUCGAAUUUUUAAAGUCACUAACAACCAAACAAAAACAGAAACUUCUCAGGAAAUUGGAUCGACUUGAGAAGAAAAAAAAGAAAAAGAGAAAAGAUAGAAAAAAGAAAAAGCUUCAGAAGAGCAGAAGUAAACACAAAAAACAUAAAAACAAAUCCUCCUCCUCUUCCUCUUCCUCCUCUGGUGGCACUUCAGAAAGCAGCAGUGAGAGUGACAACAAAGAAAAAAAAAUACAGAAGAAGAAAAGAAAGAAAAACAAGCGUUCAGGGAAUUACAACAGUGGUUCUGAAGAGACGGACAAGUCUAAGAAGAGAAAACUUGAUGAAGAACGUUCUAGCAGUCACAGUAACAAGGAAAAGCCUAGGUUUUUAAAACAAGAGAGUUCUGGGGAGAAGAGCAAAUGGAGGCAUUCUGAUUCUGACAAAAAGCCCAGAAGCCAUAACCAGAGUCCAGAGGAGAGAGGAUCUGGAAGAAAUGAGAGAGGCAGCAGGAGCCAGAGCAGGGAUGAGAGGAGUAGGAGAAGCCGAAGCAGAAGUCAUGGUGGUUACAAGCCAGGAGAAAUAAGAAGACGGCCACGGCCAAGUCCCAGUGAAGAGUGGGACAGAAGAAAUGACACCAGAAGCCAUGGCACAGAUAGAUACAGAGGAGGGAAAAUGCACAGAGCAUUAUCAGGAGACAGGCACACUAGAGUGAUGCAAACAAAGAGAAUGGAGAAGUAGAGAAUAGAGACUUGUAUGUGACAAUUACCUGGAAAUAAAAAUAUCUCCACUUUCUUCUUGAAUACCUUUAGCAAGGGCUAAAUUAUGUACUAUUGUCUUUCUAAUAAAACUCUAUUUUAAUUUUUCA